CAUGGUGAAACGUACGCACGUGGUGCCGUGCGGGGAGCCUGAGAUCGAGAGAGCGCUCUGCAUAAUUCAUGUUUCAAAUGACCCGGGAGCCUGAAUGAUGAAGUUCAUUAUCAUAGACAUCUCCGGACAAGUUAAUGCCGGCCUUGGAGAUCCAGCAACAGUUCUGACAGUUGGCAGUUAUCAGCAGUUUCCCAGGUCACGAGUUCAUAUUUCGAAGUUUGAAACUUUUCACAGGCAGUGCUGCUAUUUUAAGGGUCGGGAUAGAGUUAUAAGCAGUGACAUCCAGAGAACAAUGAGCGUCAAAGUUCUAGACGGGGGAUUGGGAACUGAGCUGGAAUACACGGGUGUUGUUAGCAUUGAAGAUGAACUGUGGAGUGCCCGGCCUUUAAUAACUGGUCCACACUUGAUCAAGAAUGUGCAUAAGAGUUUCCUGGAAAGUGGUGCAGACAUCCUUACAACUGCUACAUACCAAGCAAGUAUUCAGGGCUUCGACGAGUCUAUCAGCCUGUCAAGAGAGGGCGCCCUUGAGUUGUUUGCCCUGGCAACAAGAAUCGCUGUGGAGGCUGUGGAAGAGUUCUGGGCUGAGAACAAGGACAAAGACCCAGGGAGACAGAAACCAGUUGUUGCCGGGUCCCUGGGCCCAUACGGUGCCAGCCAACACAACUUCUCGGAAUACAGCGGUGUGUACGCAGACACGAAAACAAAAGAGGAACUGAAGGAAUGGCACAGGCCACAUCUGGAGGCUUUGGUGAGGUCUGGUGUGGAGCUCAUCGCCAUAGAGACCAUCCCAUGCCAAAUUGAGGCUGAAGCUCUCGUGGAGCUACUCAAAGAGUUUCCUGACACCAAAGCCUGGCUCAGUUACUCUGUAAAGGACAACCAGUAUAUUUGGCACGGUGAGACAUUUGUUGAUGGUGUCAGGGCAGUGGUUGAUUCCGAGCAGAUAGUCGCCGUAGGCUGCAACUGUUGCAACCCAAGCAACGUGGCCUCACUCCUAGAGAGAGCCAAGAGUGUUGUUGGGGACAAGCCGUUUGUCGUCUACCCGGACAAAAGGAAGGAGUUCUUUGACGGCAGGAAACUUGGGGAAUACCAAGUGCCUGACUUAGAGAGGCUGGUGACCAGCUGGAUUGAGCUGGGAGCACGCUACGUUGGGGGCUGCUGUCACACCAGGCCAGAAGAUGUACGUAAAAUUGCAGAAGUUGUCAGGAAGUACAACUCGUCACACUAGAUUGUAAAACUUCAUCACUUGUAAGAAACACCCUCUAGCUAUUUGGGCAUACUUUAAGGGCGUUUGCAUUGCUUGGGAGACUGUUUAGCUUUCCUUCGUUUCACAUUGAGCAGGUUAAAUUUCUGCAGAAGACAAGUCACUGCAAGUGGACAAUUCUGUGAUUAGCUAAUAGAUCAUAGGCUGACACGCCGAAGUAGUGACUGUAUCUGGAUGGCUUUUGGCCUUGUAUUCACUCAAAAGGAUUUAAUUAAUGCUAUGGUGAAUCCAGAAUGUAGCCUUGCAGUGACUCUGGUGAUCUUGCUGACAGUGGUGUGCCGCUGAAUCCCUUUGAAGUGGUUCCCCGUAAAGAACCGUUUCGAAAGUGGAAAGAAUUCCUCGGUAUUGAAGAACAAUCACCCCCAAGGACCAGAGAUUCAGAGAUGGGAGUCACUCCAUAGAGCUGGAUAUAGUUACUAAAGCAUUAGUAAAGCUGGGUAGAACAAAUACUGCAGGGAUUUUUUGUUAAAAACCAUGGAUGUGCUCAAUAAAUGAGCUUUUUCUUUCAUCACUGUCAACAAGGAAGCUGGUUCAUAUAUGCGCUGCAGAUGAAUUUGCUGAGACUUUGCAGCAUACUACUGAUUGAAUACGCAAACGUGUUAUUCGCAUGUGCUUUGCUUAGACAUUGCAUUUACUUAGCGUAGAAAUUCAGAAUUUGUUUAUGUUCUCCAAACACAUGCAAGCAUGAAUUUAAAAUGUCUAUACUCUGGAUGACUUCCUUCACUCAAAAUGAGUUACUGCUGUAGUCAUUUCAUAUAACUUCACAACUCAGUCCAAAAAGUAGGAUUGACACACUUGUCUUUAGAAACUGGGGCCACUGUCAUGGAAACCCGUGAGUCUCUAGCUCUAACACCUGACCUUAAACAAAGACACUUGUGACACGCUACAUACUAAUGACACCCAUUGUUUACCUGUACAUGAUCUAUCGAGCUUUCACAUGAAAGUGCUCAGGGAAAAAAGGGGCGACGUCAUUAUGUCUUUUGGAAGUCAUGGGUAUUGACAUGACUGGACAUUUGUGUUUGUCAACACAUCGUUAUUGUCUUAUUUUACUCCGCUAAUGAACCCACAUUGUGCAAUUUAGUUUGCAGCUGAAAUAAUCCAAGGGAUUUUGUUCUUGUCCUGUGUAUGACCACAACACGUGGUCAAUCUGUUGUGUUUGUGUGAUUCAUCUCUCAUCACAGCAGAUCUAUGAAUAGAAAUGACCCCUUGAUGUGUUUAUACAGAUGUCUGACAUGUUUCAAGUAUUUUUAUGUAGUUGUAAUAGGAAUUACAUUGAAAAAUGAACAAGAGAGAUUCACCUUCUGUUUGCUUAUAACAGUUUUAUUACACAUAAUAGCCCAGACCUUUCUCAGCCUUUAUCGUCAUUUUCCCAUCAGAAAAAAAGGUUUAAAAAGAGUUAAAUAUAUUCCUAUUUUUAAAUGUUGAGUUCUUGAGAAUAUUGCAAAUUUGAACUGGCAAUUAAGCAACAAAUACAUAUCAGUGGAGAAGAAAAAGUGUUGACUCAUUCAAUCAUUUCAAUCAAAAGCAUUCCAGUAUUGAAAUGCUCGCUCUGUUCUUUUUGAAAAAUGUCUCUUGACUUCAUUCAUGCAAACUAUUCUACAUGCAGGGGUGUGAGUGGCCACUUGAAAUAAAAGCUGAAAACAGCAAAAAGUUUCCCCAUUACUGAUAAUACAAGGUAACCAUUAUAACAAGGUAAUGAAGGACCUUGCUAUAAUAGUGUUCCACUACUGUUGAAAUGGUUGUAACAGCAGCUGAAUCUUUUGGCAAUAAAUACUGAAAUUCAUAGUGGCAAUAUUGGUUUAUAGGAAAAUUUGCCGGCCAAUGAAGAAAAAACUCUUUUUAACAAAUCAUGCAAUAUUAAUGAUUAAACAUGUAACUUCGUUAAUGCUACUUUUUGUCCCUCGUUAUCUUCAAAAACAUACAAAACAUACACGUGUGUAAAAGCUUUUAAUGAACCGAAGAAUGACAACGGGCAGUUACCUUGUUUACACUUGUUUAUAACAAAAAGAAUACUUUAUUAAUUUACAGGAUUAUUUUAACAGUGGCCAGGUAUUUCAGUGCGAGUACAAGCAUAAUUCACCUAAAUUAUGAAUAAACCUCGAUGGACGCAGUAAUUAUGCCUACAUGUAUGGCCUUGUUUGUGCAUGUUCUCAACUUUGCUGAAUACAGUGUAGCUGUUGUCAAAGCAUCUUUCUGAAUGCUCUUUAAAUAAACUUUAAAAAAUUUAUAUUUCCAAUCUGCAGCAUAUUUAGAGGAUUCAGGAUUUCAAUCCUGAAUUUGAGACCUUUAUAUCUUAAGUUUAAACAAAUCUGGACUUUUUGCCCUCGUGGAGAAAUCACAGUGGCUGCUUAGAGUGGGUGAGAUUUGGGGGGGGUGGAUUGAGGCUGUUUUGUUGAAUAAACUCACAGUCAAGGGCUCCAUCACAAGACAAAGACAAUAGUUGGUACACACUGAUUCGCCAGAAGUUAAAGUUCCACCAACAAUGCUCUGCACUCCUCACAAAGUGCCACUUCAGUGAGCUGAGAAUCAUCAGGGGCAAGGGAGCGCUAGUU